AGAAGAGUCACUCCCAGCUCUGCUCCUCUCCUCUCGGCCCCACAGCGUUGAUUCUUUUUUUGAAAUGUACCUUGGAGAAGGGAAGGGCUGAGAGAUUUAAGACGCAGGGAUCCAUGUCACGUGCUGCCCGUAGCAACCGCGGCGGCGGCGAGUCCUUAGCGAGACUGCACCAUUUUCUCUCGCCCUGCAUAGAGGUGUGGUUGCAAGCGGCGGCGAACUCCCCACCCCCUAGGACUUUCAACGAGGUGGCCUCUUCCUGGCUCCGGUCUGAAGACAGACUGUCUGGAGGAGUCCCCCAAGACCGUUCCAACUGGUGAUGAGAGCCUGAGGAAGGCUUUUGCAACUAUUAGGAUGCUGGUCUGUGCUCGGGGCCACCCAACUGCUGAGGAGCUCCGGGUCCAGAGCCCCGCCCUCCCUUGGGACCUUUGCUGAACCUGGGUGCUCACCUGUGCAUGCCUGUGUGUAGGUGUGUGCUACUGUGGGGCUCGGCUGGCAACCUGGGGGACACUCGAGUGAAUUAUGGGUGCUGCAGAGGCUGGAGCAAGAUUAUGACCUAGCUCGUGGGCGUCUUGGAUUAUUUUGUGAGUGUUCUGGCUGCCAGCCAUUGCUCUGCUGGGAAAAAUCACAUCUCCACAUAGCAGCAAAAUCACCUGUAUUGCUGGGGAGUGGAAAGUGAUCCUCUGCUGAUUUCGCCUGCAAAAAUGGCUCACGCUGCUGCUUCUAUCAAAAAAGUUCGAGAGGCUGAACUGGAUGAAAAGGAAAAAAAUCUGGAGAGAGAGAGAAAAAAACAACGGAAAAUCCCCAGGGAUCGAAUGGAGCGGAAAAGAAAGUCUGACAGCAAUGCCAGCUUCCUCCGUGCUGCCAGAGCAGGCAACCUGGACAAAGUUGUGGAGUACCUAAAGGGGGGCAUCGACAUCAACACCUGCAACCAGAAUGGACUCAAUGCUCUCCAUCUGGCAGCCAAGGAAGGCCACGUGGGCCUCGUGCAGGAGCUUCUGGGAAGAGGGUCCUCCGUGGAUUCUGCCACUAAGAAGGGAAACACUGCUCUUCACAUUGCCUCACUGGCCGGACAAGCGGAAGUUGUCAAAGUCCUUGUUAAAGAAGGAGCCAAUAUCAAUGCACAGUCUCAGAAUGGCUUCACUCCUUUGUACAUGGCUGCCCAGGAGAAUCACAUCGAUGUUGUAAAAUAUUUGCUAGAGAACGGAGCUAACCAGAGCACUGCUACGGAGGACGGCUUCACUCCUCUGGCUGUGGCACUCCAGCAGGGACACAACCAGGCAGUGGCCAUCCUCCUGGAGAAUGACACCAAAGGGAAGGUGAGGCUGCCGGCUCUGCACAUUGCGGCUCGGAAAGAUGACACCAAGUCCGCUGCCCUCUUGCUUCAGAAUGAUCACAACGCUGAUGUCCAAUCCAAGAUGAUGGUGAAUAGGACAACCGAGAGUGGCUUCACCCCUUUGCACAUAGCUGCGCACUAUGGAAACGUCAAUGUGGCGACUCUUCUUCUAAACCGGGGAGCCUCGGUGGACUUCACGGCCAGGAAUGGAAUUACUCCCCUGCACGUGGCUUCCAAAAGGGGCAAUACCAACAUGGUGAAGCUCCUACUGGAUCGAGGUGGUCAGAUUGAUGCCAAAACAAGGGAUGGGUUGACACCACUUCACUGUGCUGCGCGAAGUGGGCAUGACCAAGCGGUGGAGCUGCUGCUGGAACGGGGUGCCCCCUUGCUGGCAAGGACCAAGAACGGGCUGUCUCCACUUCACAUGGCUGCACAGGGGGACCACGUGGAAUGUGUGAAGCACCUGCUACAGCACAAGGCACCUGUAGAUGAUGUCACCCUGGAUUACCUGACGGCCCUUCACGUUGCUGCACAUUGUGGUCACUACCGUGUCACCAAACUCCUUCUGGACAAGAGAGCCAACCCGAAUGCGAGAGCCCUGAAUGGUUUUACUCCACUGCACAUUGCCUGCAAGAAAAACCGCAUCAAAGUCAUGGAACUGCUGGUGAAAUAUGGGGCUUCAAUCCAAGCUAUAACAGAGUCUGGCCUCACACCAAUACAUGUGGCUGCCUUCAUGGGCCACUUGAACAUUGUCCUCCUUCUGCUGCAGAACGGAGCCUCUCCAGAUGUCACUAACAUUCGUGGUGAAACAGCACUUCACAUGGCGGCCCGGGCUGGGCAGGUGGAAGUGGUCCGAUGUCUCUUGAGGAAUGGUGCCCUUGUGGACGCCAGAGCCAGGGAGGAACAGACGCCUUUACAUAUUGCCUCCCGACUGGGUAAGACAGAAAUUGUCCAGCUACUUCUACAACACAUGGCUCAUCCAGAUGCAGCCACUACAAAUGGGUACACACCCCUGCACAUCUCUGCUCGGGAAGGACAGGUUGACGUGGCCUCUGUCCUGCUGGAAGCGGGAGCAGCACACUCCUUAGCGACCAAGAAAGGUUUCACCCCCCUGCACGUAGCAGCCAAGUAUGGAAGCCUGGAUGUGGCAAAACUUCUCUUGCAGCGCCGCGCAGCCGCAGACUCGGCAGGAAAGAAUGGCCUUACCCCGCUCCAUGUUGCUGCUCAUUAUGACAACCAGAAGGUGGCGCUGCUGCUGCUGGAGAAGGGUGCUUCCCCUCACGCCACUGCCAAGAAUGGUUACACUCCUUUACACAUUGCUGCCAAGAAGAACCAGAUGCAGAUAGCUUCCACACUGCUGAGCUACGGAGCUGAGACUAACACUGUGACGAAGCAAGGGGUCACCCCACUGCAUCUGGCCUCACAAGAGGGGCACACAGAUAUGGUCACCUUGCUUCUAGAAAAAGGAGCCAAUAUCCACAUGUCAACCAAGAGUGGGCUCACGUCCUUACACCUUGCAGCCCAAGAAGACAAAGUGAACGUCGCUGACAUUCUCACCAAACACGGGGCUGACCAGGAUGCCUGCACAAAGCUUGGUUACACCCCAUUAAUCGUGGCCUGUCACUAUGGGAACGUGAAAAUGGUCAACUUCCUUCUGAAGCAGGGAGCUAAUGUCAAUGCAAAAACCAAGAAUGGCUACACACCUCUGCACCAAGCUGCCCAACAGGGCCACACACACAUCAUUAAUGUCCUACUCCAGCAUGGGGCCAAGCCAAAUGCCACCACUGCGAAUGGUAACACAGCCCUGGCGAUUGCUAAGCGGCUGGGCUACAUCUCUGUGGUUGAUACCCUGAAGGUUGUGACUGAGGAGAUCACCACCACCACCACGACUAUCACAGAAAAACAUAAGCUGAAUGUUCCUGAGACAAUGACGGAGGUUCUUGAUGUUUCUGAUGAAGAGGGUGAUGACACAAUGACCGGCGAUGGAGGAGAAUACCUUAGGCCAGAAGAUCUCAAAGAACUUGGUGAUGACUCGCUGCCCAGCAGCCAGUUCUUGGACGGCAUGAACUACCUGCGGUACAGCCUGGAAGGAGGAAGAUCUGAUAGCCUCCGAUCCUUCAGUUCCGACAGGUCUCACACCCUGAGCCAUGCAUCGUACCUGAGGGACAGUGCCAUGAUCGACGACACGGUUGUGAUUCCCAGCCACCAGGUGUCAGCUCUAGCCAAGGAGGCAGAAAGGAAUUCUUAUCGUCUGAGCUGGGGCACGGAAAACUUAGACAACGUGGCUCUUUCUUCCAGCCCUAUUCAUUCAGGCCGUGCCUCUCCAUGUCUUGAUCGAGACAACAGCAGUUUCCUGGUCAGUUUUAUGGUGGAUGCCCGUGGUGGUGCCAUGCGAGGAUGCAGGCACAACGGGCUUAGAAUCAUUAUCCCACCUCGGAAAUGCACGGCGCCAACGCGAGUCACCUGCCGCCUGGUGAAACGCCAUAGACUGGCAACCAUGCCGCCAAUGGUGGAAGGAGAAGGCCUGGCCAGCCGCCUCAUUGAAGUGGGACCUUCUGGAGCUCAGUUCCUUGGUAAACUUCACCUGCCAACGGCUCCUCCCCCACUUAAUGAGGGAGAAAGUUUGGUCAGCCGCAUCCUUCAGCUGGGGCCUCCUGGAACCAAAUUCCUUGGCCCCGUGAUCGUGGAGAUUCCUCACUUUGCUGCCCUUCGAGGAAAGGAGAGGGAGCUGGUGGUUCUGCGCAGUGAAAAUGGGGACAGCUGGAAAGAACACUUCUGUGAAUACACGGAGGAUGAACUGAACGAAAUCCUCAAUGGCAUGGAUGAAGUGCUGGACAGUCCGGAGGACCUGGAAAAGAAACGAAUCUGCCGCAUCAUCACUCGUGACUUCCCACAGUACUUUGCGGUGGUGUCGCGCAUCAAACAGGACAGCAACCUGAUUGGCCCAGAGGGCGGAGUGCUAAGCAGCACCGUGGUGUCGCAGGUGCAAGCUGUCUUCCCCGAGGGCGCGCUCACCAAGCGCAUCCGUGUAGGUCUGCAGGCUCAACCCAUGCACAGUGAGUUGGUGAAGAAGAUCCUAGGCAAUAAAGCCACCUUCAGUCCCAUAGUCACUUUGGAACCCAGGAGAAGGAAGUUUCAUAAGCCUAUCACCAUGACGAUUCCUGUUCCCAAAGCUUCAAGUGAUGUCAUGCUGAAUGGUUUUGGGGGAGAUGCACCAACCCUAAGAUUACUCUGCAGCAUUACAGGUGGAACCACGCCUGCGCAGUGGGAAGACAUCACAGGAACAACGCCACUGACAUUCGUCAAUGAAUGUGUUUCCUUUACAACCAACGUGUCUGCCAGGUUCUGGCUGAUAGAUUGUCGACAGAUUCAGGAAUCUGUUUCCUUUGCAUCGCAAGUGUAUAGAGAAAUUAUCUGUGUACCAUAUAUGGCCAAAUUUGUAGUCUUUGCCAAAUCACACGACCCCAUUGAAGCCAGGUUGCGGUGCUUCUGUAUGACAGAUGAUAAAGUAGAUAAGACCCUUGAACAACAAGAAAACUUCUCUGAGGUGGCCAGGAGCAGGGAUGUGGAGGUAUUAGAAGGAAAACCAAUUUAUGUUGAUUGUUUUGGAAACCUGGUACCACUAACCAAGAGUGGCCAACAUCAUAUAUUCAGCUUUUUUGCCUUCAAAGAAAACAGACUUCCUCUCUUUGUCAAGGUACGUGAUACAACUCAGGAACCUUGCGGGCGACUCUCAUUCAUGAAGGAACCCAAAUCCACAAGAGGCCUGGUGCAUCAAGCCAUUUGCAACCUAAACAUCACCCUGCCGAUUUAUGCGAAGGAGUCUGAGUCAGAUCAAGAGCAGGAGGAAGAGAUCGGUAUGACAUCAGAAAAAAAUGAUGAGACAGAGUCGACAGAAACAUCUGUCCUGAAAAGCCACCUGGUUAAUGAAGUUCCCGUCUUAGCCAGUCCGGACUUGCUCUCUGAAGUUUCUGAGAUGAAACAAGAUCUGAUCAAAAUGACGGCCAUCUUGACCACAGAUGUGUCUGAUAAGGCAGGUUCCCUCAAAGUGAAAGAGCUGGCGAAGGCUGCUGACGAGGAGCCAGGCGAACCGUUCGAAAUUGUUGAAAGAGUUAAGGAGGACUUAGAGAAGGUGAACGCAAUCCUGCGAAGUGGCACCUGUGUCAGAGAUGAAGGCAGAGUACAGAGUUCUCAGUCUGAGCGAGAGCUAGAAGAGGAAUGGGUCAUUGUCAGUGAUGAGGAAAUUGAAGAGGCCAAGCUGCACGCACCUGUAGAAAUCACUGAACGCCCAUGUGUAGAAGUCAGAAUAGACAGGGGGACCAAGGUCAAAUCAGAGAAGGACUCCACUGGCUUAGUGAAUUACCUUACAGAUGACCUAAACUCAUAUGCUUCUCAUGAAAAGAAGCCACAAACAGCUCAGGAGAAGUCAGGGGAGACGAGUCAGGCCUCAGCUGUUGGCAAGAGCUCUGAGAAUAACAAAGGGAAGGCUGCAGCAGAGGAGAAACAGAGUACCCAGAAGCAGUCCAAACCGAGCCUGGUGAUAAAGAAGCCAGUGCGGAGGAAACUAAAAGAGAAGCAGAAACCAAAAGAUGAAAGCUCCCAAGGCAGUGAAGGAACGACUGAACUUAAGAAAGGUAGCUCAGAGGAGUCGGUAGAUGAAGAGCGAGGCCUGGCCCCCGAACCCGUUCCCACUGCCAAGGCCACCUCUCCUCUGAUAGAAGAAACUCCUAUUGGUUCCAUAAAGGACAAAGUAAAGGCCCUUCAGAAGCGAGUAGAAGAUGAGCAGAAAGGUCGAAGCAAGUUGCCAGUCAGAGUCAAAGGCAAAGAGGAUGUGCCUAAAAAGACCACGCCCAGGACACAGCCAGCUGUGUCACCUUCUUCAAAGUCAUCUCCUUCCUCUAAGACAGACCGGCACUCUUCCCUUUCUUCCUCUGCAAAAACUGAAAGACACACGCCAGUGUCACCAUCAGGCAAAACAGAGAAACACUCACCCGUGUCACCCUCGCCAAAAACCGAACGACAUUCACCAGUAUCCUCAGGUAAGCCUGAGAAACACUCACCCGGAUCCCCGUCAACAAAAAAUGAAAGGCAUUCCCCUGUGUCAUCUGUGAAAACGGAGCGACACACACCUGUGUCACCUUCUGGUAAAACAGACAAACGUCCCCCAGUACCGUCAUCUGGAAGAAUGGAGAAGCACCCUCCUGUGUCACCCGGGAGAACAGAGAAACGCUUGCCAGUUUCACCGUCUGCAAGAACAGCAGAGAAGCAGGCCCCCAUGUCAACUACUGGGAAAAAUGAUAAGCACCUGCCUGUGUCCCCUGGGAAGACAGAAAAGCAGCCACCUGUAUCUCCCACCUCCAAAACAGAACGAAUUGAGGAGACAAUGUCUGUCCGGGAGUUGAUGAAAGCAUUUCAGUCAGGUCAGGACCCAUCGAAACACAAGACCGGACUCUUUGAGCACAAAUCAACAAAGCAAAAGCAACCACAAGACAAAAGUAAAACUCGGGUAGAAAAAGAAAAGGGGCACACAGUAACUCAGAGAGCAGAAAGCCAGACAGUCAAGCGUAGCCAGAGGUUUCCAGUGACAGGUCCUACUGAAUCCAGAAGGUUCCGUUCUUCCACCAUCACUGUUGGGCUCAGGACAGAAGAUCCAGUUAGAGAAAGGUUUGAGAAAGCCCGCGUUAUUAAAACACCUGAGCCAAUUCCAUCAGUAGUGGCAGACGGAAGCCCUCGGGGCAGUGAGACCCUUCAAGACAAGAUAGUAGAUGAGCAAGGAGACAUGGAUCUUCAGAUCAGCCCAGACAGGAAAACGUCCACUGACUUUUCUGACGUCAUCAAGCAAGAGUUAGAAGACAAUGACAAAUACCAGCAGUUCUGCCUCACCGAGGAGACAGAGAAGGCUCAGAUUCAGUUAGACCAAAUAAUCACAAGUCCUUUCAACACAACCCUUCCGCUAGAUUACAUGAAAGACGAGUUUCUGCCAGCUCUGUCUUUACAGAGCGGGACUUUGGGUGGCAGUUCCGAAAGCUUGAAGCAGGAAGUUAUAGCAGGCUCCCCUUGUGGCAGCCUAAUGGAGGGCACCCCUCAGAUCAGUUCGGAAGAGAGCUACAAACAUGAGGGCCUAGCAGAAACCCCCGAGACAAGUCCAGAGAGUCUUUCUUUUUCACCAAAGAAAAGUGAGGAACAAAUUGGAGAUAUCAAGGAAACCAAGGUAGACACACCCACAGAAAGUCAUUCAGAAACAGAGCUUCCUGUAGCUAAAGACACUCCUGAUAGUUCUGAAACACAAGGUGCUGAGGUAACUGGGGGUUCAGAAUCCUCCACUGAGCAUGGUCAGAAGGAGGUCACCCAAGAUGCUUCCCAAGAUGCAUACUCCAAACAAGAUGUUUGCCCUAGCGGCCACGGUGUAUCAUUAGCCAAUGAAACACGCCAGGCAUUUACUGAGAAAGGAUCUUGUGAUGAAAGUCAGCUCCCACUUGUUAGUUCAGCUUAUAAGACCCAACCAGAAAGUGAAACUCAGGAAUCCACAAUGCCCUCCGAGGUGACAAAGACCUUCCCACCAUCAGAUGCUUCUGUGAAGACAGGUGAGGGAACAGAACCAAAGCCCCAGGGAGCCGUUAGAAGUCCCCAAGGGUUAGAACUUCCACUCCCUAGCCGGGAUAGUGAGAUCCUCAGCCCAGUGGCUGAUGAAUCAUUAGCAGUAAGCCACAAAGACUCUCUAGAAGCCAGCCCUGUGCUGGAAGACAACUCCUCACACAAGACUCCCGAUUCUCUGGAACCCAGUCCUCUGAAAGAGUCCCCUUGCAGGGACUCCCUUGAGAGCAGCCCAGUGGAGCCUAAAAUGAAAGCAGGAAUUCUCCCAAGUCACUUUCCUCUCCCUGCAGCUAUGACCAAAACAGAUCUUGUUGCUGAAGUGGCUUCCAUGCGUUCUCGGCUGCUCCGAGACCCUGAUGGUAGUGCUGAGGAUGACAGUCUUGAGCAGACGUCCCUCAUGGAGAGCUCCGGGAAAAGCCCCCUCUCCCCUGACACACCCAGCUCUGAAGAGGUUAGCUAUGAGGUCACACCCAAGACUUCAGAUUCAAGCACACCGAAACCAGCUGUGAUUCAUGAAUGCGCAGAGGAGGAGGACUCUGAAAAUGGGGAGAAAAAGAGAUUCACGCCAGAAGAGGAAAUGUUCAAAAUGGUAACCAAAAUUAAAACGUUUGAUGAACUUGAGCAAGAGGCAAAGCAGAAAAGGGACUAUAAGAAAGAACCCAGGCAAGAUGGAUCCUCCUCGGCCUCAGACCCUGAGGCCGACUGUUCAGUAGAAGUGGAUGAACAGAAACAGAUGGAGAGCGUGGCUGAUGAGGGUGAGGUCCCUGUACUGGUGACUUCAGAGAGCAGAAAAGCUUCUUCCUCCUCUGAAAGUGAACCUGAGCUGACACACCUAAGUAAAGGUGCUGACUCAGGACUUCUGACAGAGCCGGUUAUUCGAGUGCAACCUCCAUCUCCCCUUCCAUCCAGCAUAGACUCUAAUUCCAGCCCUGAAGAAUCCCAGUUCCAGCCUAUCGUUACCAAACAAUACACUUUCAAGAUGAAUGAGGAUAUUCAAGAGGAGCCGGGUAAGUCAGAAGAAGACAAAGAUGGCAAAUCUCAUUUAGCUGAAGACCGUCAGACUCCUUCUACUGAUGGUAUUGAUAGGUCUUACGAUGAUCUGAACAGAGAGACCCAUCAGUCAGAAACCUGUGAUGGCCAUGGUUGUGAGGCUGUGAGCCCUGGUGACUCAGCCACCCCUAUCUCCUUAGGAGUUCAGAUUUCAGCAUAUAAUGAUGUUGAGGAACAGCUGGCCAUUGAUAAAGAGUCACUGGUUCUCCAGAAGCCUUGUGAAAAUGACCCAAAAGGAAGAGAGCUUGAUCCUUCUGGAGUGGAAUCUGCGCAAACAGAUUUCCCCAGUGAUGGCUCUUGCUUGUCUUUGUCGCAUUGUGCAGUGUCUGAAAGAAAGGAAUCAGCUGAAGAAAUACCCUCUCCAUCUUCCACUGUAAAAGCAGAGGUCACAAUAACUACUCAGACUUUGGAGUGCACGUCAGAGGACUGUCCGACUGAAGAUUUUUCUCCUACAACUCAAAAGGAUAGGUUUGCCAUGAACGUUCCAGUGUCCGACUUAGCUGAGACCGAUGACAGUCCUGACCCUCAAAUAACCAGCCCGUAUGAAAACGUUCCUUCCUCAUCAUUUUUCUCUGGUGAGGAGAGCAAAAUCCAAACAGAUACCUGUCACGCCACAGUUGUUUGUUCACCGGAAGUGUAUUCUGUUGUCAUCAGGUCCUCUGCUGAGGAUGCAGUAACGACAAGCUCCUCUAGUAGAAAUGUCUCAAGCCAAGAGUCAAAUUUUGAGAGCCGUGGCCUAGAAACUGAACCCGAGCAAAAAAGUACCUUGUGGGGCAUGCAGGCAGACGAGCCUCCCUCAUCUGUAGCCCCUGUGACACCAAACGCACCAGCCGUCGCUGGUGAGCAAGUGAGCAAAGUCAUCAUCACCAAAACCGAUGUGGAUGCUGACUCCUGGAGUGAAAUCCGCGAAGAUGAUGAAGCCUUUGAAGCUCGAGUGAAGGAAGAGGAACAGAAGAUAUUUGGUUUGAUGGUAGACCGACAAUCCCAGGGUACCACUCCCGAUACGACUCCUGCCAGGACCCCAACUGAAGAGGGGACCCCAACGAGUGAGCAAAACCCAUUCCUCUUCCAGGAAGGCAAGUUGUUUGAGAUGACCCGAAGUGGUGCUAUUGAUAUGACAAAAAGGUCCUAUGCGGAUGAAAGCUUACCGUUUUUCCAGAUUGGUCAAGAGUCCAAUGAAGAGACUGUCUCUGAAGACUCGAAGGAAGGAGCCACGGGGGCCGAGCUGCCACAGCUGGAAAACACAAGUGAGUCACUGGAACUUUCAGACUCCAAAGAAGCCGUAGAUGAUGAGGGAGAAUUACUUCCUGAUGAUGUGAGUGAAGAAAUAGAGGAAUCACCUGCCUCAGAUGCUAACCUUGAUGCCGAAAUGAUGACUCCCGCUUCCUCUGAACUGCCCGCAAAAGAGCCCGUCUCCACAGCAGCGGAGGACCUCCCCACCAUGCAGUCUAGUGAUACAUCUUCCCUGAGCACUGUGAAGCAGCUGUCUUGCCCUGCGUUCCCUCAGCCUGUUGUUCAGAUGGACUUUUCCACAGUCACUAGGUCUGUUCAUUCAGACCGGGAUGAUGAGUCCCUAGAUUCUUCUCCAGAGGAACAGAAGUCUGUGAUUGAGAUCCCUACUGCACCCAUGGAACAUGUGCCUUCUGCUGAAAGCAAACCUCAAAUUCCUAUGCAGACUGUCUCUGCUUCGGUCCCAGUCCCUCCAUCUGCAGAGGAUGAGAGCGCAUUUUCUGAUGAUUUCUCAUCUGGUAUGGAUGAGGAAAGUAAGGAGGAUGACACAAAACCAAAGUCCAAAAUCCCCAUCAAAGCACCCACCCAAAGAACCGAGUGGCAGCUCUCCCAUCCAGACACAUCUUUCCAGAAGAAAGCUGUUCCCCAGGGACAAGACAUGCUAAGCAGAGCCCCAGAUGGUAGAAGCAAAUCUGAAUCAGAUGCUAGUCCUUUGGACGCUAAGACCAAAUGCCCAGUAAAAGCCAGAAGUUACAUAGAGACAGAAACAGAGAGUCGGGAGAGGGCAGAAGGGUUUGAGUCAGAAUCAGAAGGGUCCACCAAACCAAAGUUGUUUGCCUCCCGAUUGCCAGUUAAAAGCACAAGCACCCCAUCUUCCAGCAGGACAGGCACAAGCCCCACAAAAGAGAGUAGGGAGCAUUUCUUUGACCUUUAUAGAAACUCCAUAGAAUUCUUUGAGGAGAUUAGUGACGAGGCUUCCAAAUUAGUGGACAGGCUCACACAGUCGGAAAGGGAGCAGGAGCCUCCUUCAGACGAUGAGAGUAGCAGUGCCCUGGAAGUGUCAGUCAUUGAGAACCUGCCAGCUAUUGAGACUGAGCUUUCAGUUCCUGAGGACAUCUUUGACACAAGGCCUAUUUGGGAUGAGUCCAUUGAGACUAUGAUUGAACGCAUCCCUGAUGAAAAUGGCCAUGACCGUACUGAAGAUCCCCAAGAUGAGCAGGAGCGGAUUGAAGAGAGACUGGCUUAUAUUGCUGAUCAUCUUGGCUUCAGCUGGACAGAAUUAGCAAGAGAACUGGAUUUCACCGAGGAGCAGAUCCACCAAAUUCGAAUUGAGAACCCCAACUCCCUUCAAGACCAGAGCCAUGCACUGCUGAAGUACUGGCUGGAGAGGGAUGGGAAGCAUGCCACAGAUACUAUCCUCAUUGAAUGCCUCACCAAGAUCAACAGGAUGGAUAUUGUCCAUCUCCUGGAGACCAACACAGAACCCCUCCAGGAGCGCCUGAGCCACAGCUAUGCAGAAAUGGAACAGACCAUUGUACUGGACAACAGUGAAGGGUUUUCCGUACUUCAAGAGGAGCUCUGUGCAGCCCGGCACAAGCAGAAAGAGGAGCAAGCGACUUCCAAAGAAAGCGAGUCCAGCGACCACCCACCUAUGGUCUCCGAAGAAGACAUUUCUGUUGGUUAUUCCACAUUUCAGGAUUGCAUCCCCAAAACUGAGGGGGACAGCCCAGCAGCGGUGCUCUCUCCCCAAAUGCACCAAGAACCAGUUCAACAAGAUUUCUCAGGGAAAAUACAAGACCAUCAGGAAUGCUAUGUGACAACACCAGGGUCAGAAGGAGCAGAGACUCAAAAGGCCACAGAGGUUCCUGACUCUUUCUGUAAGACUCCUGAGGACAUCAGGACCCCUCCUGAGGAUGCCAGGACCCCUCCUGAGAAUGUCAGGACCCCUCCUGAGGAUACCAGGACCCCUCCUGAGGACGCAAAGUCUUGUCUCCAGACCCCGGUGACUAGCGAGCGUGGUUCUCCUAUUGUGCAAGAACCUGAGGAGGCUCCUGAGCCCAAAGAGGAGAGGUCUCCAAGGAAAACGAGCCUGGUGAUAGUCGAGUCAGCAGAUGACCAGCCCCAGGUCUUGGAAAGGCUCGAUGGGGACGCGGCUUUUCAAAAGGGAGAUGAUAUGCCUGACAUACCCCCAGAAACUGUCACAGAAGAAGAAUAUGUUGAUGAGAAUGGACACACUGUGGUGAAGAAGGUUACCCGGAAAAUCAUUAGGCGGUACAUAUCCUCUGAUGGCGUGGAGAAAGAGGAGAUCACAAUGCAGGGAACGCCACAGGAGCCUGUCACCAUUGAGGAUGGGGACAGUUAUUCCAAAGUCAUAAAGCGUGUGGUAUUGAAGAGUGACACCCAGCAGUCAGAGAUGACCUUGGCUGAACCCAGCAUUUUGUCCAGUACCUCACAGUUUCAGGCCGAACCAGUAGAAGGCCGUAGAGUGAGCAAAGUUGUUAAAACAACAGUGGUACACGGAGAAAGGAUGGAGAAAAGCCUGGGGGACUCUAGCUUAGCCACUGACCUUCCUUCAGCCAAAGAUGACUUUGAAGAGGACAACAAUGAAUAAAGCCAGUACACAGAAGAGGGCUGUGGUGAAGGACCAGCAGGGGAAACGCAUCAGCCUGGAGCACCUGGAGGAUGUCCCCGGAGCCCUAGACCAAGACGACCUCCAGAGAGAUCUCCAGCAACUCCUUCGACAUUUCUGCAAGGAGAACACAACGCAAGAGGCCAAAUGAGGAGCUGCCCAGUUCUCAGCAGAAACCACACACCUACUCGAUAUGCAACUUCCCAUUUCCUCACUGAAGUAACCUAAGUGACCUAAUUAAUUCCUGGGAUCCCGUGACAUUUCCAGUCUCGGCAAAUACACGGCAUUUUCUUUUGCUUCCUUCUCCCAUGCCCUCUCUAACUAUAAGCUAAUUUGUGACCAAAGAUAGCAUCCUUCAUUCUGGAUGCUGUAUCCACUCUUUUGAGCAUCUGUGCUAACCUGGGAACUGGCGCCUCCCUUGUUCUUUGCUUCUGCCCCAGCUCCAUGAAAAUCCACUAAUCAGAAGAACUUCACCUGCAGACUUCUUCAAGCGACAGAGGGGGAUCCGCCCAAGGAUAUCCAUGUAUAAUGUACAUAGCUGAAAUUCUCAGACGAACAACAGUAAAACUGAAACCACUGCCUGUCAUAAUUACACUGGGCAUCACGGACUAGAAGCCUCUCGGGAUUGCCGAGCUGCGGUUCAUUAAGAUAGCGCUAACACAGUCGAAGGCUAACACAGUUCUCCAGAGGGAACACUUCAGACCUAGACACGUCCUUAGCACUUCCAGAGUAGCCAUUGCUCCGAAAGACAAGGUCAUAAUCUUGGAGAAUGAUCCCAAGGAGCUGUCUCUAGUACUGGUCAGCCAUGGCUGAUGGCUCUCCAACUGCCACCCUGAGGGAGGGGACGAAGGGGGCACAGACACGCGGAUGGAAACAAUGAGGUAUUCUGGUGCUAGAAGCUGCACGGGUGGUGUUCUGGCACUUUCAGGUGUUUUCGAUUUUGGACACGUUGGCAGGGUAUUUUCAAAGCUAUAACUACUGUAGUUUUCCAGUGUUCAUUGCUGCUUUAGCAAACCAUGCUGUCUUACCGGUGGUACUUUCUCCUGGCCACUGCACUGUAGAUAAUUCAUUGGAAACAAGAUGUACGCACCACAGAAAACGUUAAAUGCUGUCACCAUGUUGGAGUGGUUUCUUUUUCUUUUUUUUUCACCCCACCUCCAGAUGUAUCUCUUUUCUAGUACCUGCAUGUGGCAUUAAGCAGACACACACACAUACACACACACACACAUACACACACACACACACACACACACACACAAGCCCUUCUUAUCAUAUUAAUGGUUUUCAUCCUGGGCUUUCACUUUCUAGCUAUGUCUGCUUUUCAGCUUGCAGACAAGAUUGAGAAAUCGUUGGAAAAUUUGGUUUUGGUUUUGAUUAAUUCUUUUUUUUUAUUUGAUAUAUUUAUUUGAAACCCUUGGAAACUGAAGUGCGGUUGUGUAACUUUGUUUCAGAGAAGAGACGACAGUCUGAGUGAUCCCCGUGCCCCAUGUCUAAUCCCUUUAGUGGUUGAAGCUGUGUAGCAUUUUAACAUAUAAAUAUAUAUAUUCACAAAUAUAUUCAUAUAAACAGUAUACGUUUUGAAUCAGUUAUUUGUUAAAGAAAAGUAUAUUCAAUGAAGAUGAAAUUUAAAAAAAAAGAAAGGAAACAGUGUACUCUCCUGAGAUUGAACUUUUUCCAAUCCUAUCUGGCCUUUUCCUGUGUGCAGAACUGACUCAUUGCUCGGAAUGUCAAACACAAACAAGACAAACAACGGCACUUCAUCUUUUAAAGUAACAUUGCCAAGAAAGGAAUUUGCUUGGGAGAGAGGUUUCCCAUCAGCCAAAUCUCCCGAGCCCCCAGAGUAGAAACAAAGCAUUCGUUGGCAUCCAGAACAAGAGAAGAAGCAGGUGGCAGCCCUUUUUGAGAGAUGCCCUGGCCAUCUUGUCAGACUUUCACCGGAGCUCAUGAAAAGCCUUUCUGUUGUGUUAUUUGCAGUGCAGAUGAUGUCUGUGUAGCAACAUAAUGGUUACUCACCUUUUUUCGAUUCUGAUUUUUUUUUCUGUGUUAUCAAAAAAAAAAAAACUUGAAUACUGUGAGAAGAAGUGAAUUUUCAGUUGAUGAAUCAGCAUCUUGUUCCCAUGGUGAUAACACUAAUUGAAUAUAUCUAUGAGGGCAUGUAUUAGUUAAUGGAAAACAAUACAACACUAACAAUACAUAGCUACAAUGUUGUACAAUGGCUGAUUUAACUAAAUAAAAUGUACAAGUGUUAAAUGUG